UAUAAUUUGCUGCUUUCAUUAUCUGAAACCUUAUUGAGGAGUUCGUGCAAGAAGAAGAAUAAUCAUGUCGUUGGAAUACUCGCAGAAGCAAUUGCUGAGACCAUUGACCCUGUCAGAUGACCAGGUGUUGGAUUUAGUUCGUGGUUGCUAUGUUGUCAACAAGCCUGGUGAAACCUUCAAAGUCGAGGCUCUUUUCAAUGUUGCUGCAGACGUCAUGGGUCCUUCCAUUGGUCUUGCCAAUCCAAGCAUUAAGCUGAAUGUUGCACAAGAGACGAAGGACAAGGCUUACCUUGCAAACUUCGAGUCACCGACACAUUUACUCAAGCAUAUUGCUUGUCAGAUGAUGCAAACACGACACGAUGAGCACUAUUCAUUCGCACACAAAACAACAAUGGCGAUUCUGAAAGAACUUGACGCGUAUUCAUGGUGUGCGAAAGCAGUGACCGCUCUGGCUGCAUUUGCAUUAGAGUAUGGGAAUUUCUGGCACCUUUUUCAAGUUCCGAAAGAUGACAAUCUCGGAAAAUCAUUGGCUGUGCUGAACCAUGUUCAAGCCUUCGAGAGAAGCCGCAGUGACAUCUCCGACUACAAUCUCGUUGUCAAGAAUGCGUUCCUCUGCGUCGAAUAUCUGGUUUCGAUGGAGAGGAUGUCCAAACAAGGCUAUGACCUGAAGGAGGACAUCCCAACGUUGGGGAAAGCCAUUCAGGAAUUUCCUGUCUUCGUUUACUGGACUGUCCUCACCAUUGCCAUCUGUGCAAGUUAUAUUGAUAUCCUCUUGGGUUAUUCGUCGAGUGGACAUGAAUUAUCCAAUAUCAGCAGCAAGAUUUCAACUGUUGUCAUCAAAUUAAAGAAUUAUCUGGCAAAGAUAUACAAUGAUGAGAAAGGACCAGUAGAUGAAUACAAUGAACGUUACAGGGUGGUCUUUCAAACUCCCACAGAGAUAGUGCAGGUUUUGAAGUGCCUUCUUCUCCCCAAAGAUUUGAAGGACCCACAUGUUUAUCAUGGCUCCACUGGAUCAAUGGUGAGCAUCGAGGUGUUCAGGCAGAAACAUGUGUUGCUGUUCCUUUCUGGGCUGUACAGCAUAGAAGACGAGACUCGUCUGUUAAAAUCCAUCCACGCAGGACUGAGGAAAGAUCCAAAAGAAGUCCAAGGAUUCAAGAAAGACGAAUUCAAGAUCCUGUGGGCCCCAAUUGUUGAUUAUGACUCAUCUGUAACUGGAGACCCAAAAGACAAGAAAAAGUUUGAAGAGUUGAAGAGACAGAUGGACUGGUACGUGGUGGAGUACUCCAUUAUUCCUCCAAUAUGCAAGAAGCUUAUCAGAAACGGACUCAAAUAUCAGAAUAAACCUAUGGUCCCUGUGUUUAAUCCUCAAGGUCAUCUAACAAACAAGAAUGCUUUGCACAUGUUGUUUGCUUGGGGUGAUCCAGCUUUCCCUUGGGGCGAAGACGAUGAUUUGCAUCUUAACAUGGAAUGGAACUGGUUCUGGACCGAAAUGAAGAGACACAAUCCAGAAAUAGAUCAGUGGAUCAAGGAAGAAGCAUAUGUCAUCGUCUGUGGACGCACCGACGUGGACUACUCCUACGACCAGUUGUUGCAGAACAUGCCGGAGCUAUUGGAGAAAGUCAAGAGAGACGAGGUUACCAAAAGAUCUGACGUGAUCAUACAUUACUAUCACCAUGGAAAAGGUAAAGACGAGCUGAGGAUUGUCAAUGCAUUCUGGGCUUACCUCGAGAACUUGUUCGACAGCAUGAGGAAGAAGACGACCAUAGACCCUUCCUUCGAGCAAGUUAAGGCCUUCCUCGGACUCCGACAUGAACAGGCUGGUUGGGUUCUUCUCAGCAAAGGGUCCAACGUUAAGCUGCUUUGUCGUGGAGACACUUUCUAUCAGACGCUUAAAGAGUUCGAUUCAUGGAAACUCAACAUCGAGAACGAUCCUGGGUUUGAUGUGUCCUUCACAAAACAUUAUGAGAUUGUCUUCUCUCAGCUUCCUCCUCAUGCGAAUUGUCUUCGUUUGGAUAUCAAGUACCAUGUGAGUGAUAUCUAUUCUCCGAUUCGUUGCAUGUGUGGUCGUACAAUGGACAUUGAGUUAGUCAGAUAUGUUUGCUGCCAUGGAAACAAAGAGGAAGCUGCCGAUGCUAGCGACGGCGAUGUCACGGUUCGCAAGUAGGAAACCAGUUUCGGGCUGCCAGCCGGCGGUCCCCUCAACAAGGCUAGAGAGAAAUAAGAAGACAGGAACAGGUCCUACUUGUGUGCACGUGGAUCUCACAAAAGUAGGUUUGUUUGUUUCUUUCUUUUGACUCUUUCUAACUUUUGAAGCUAUGGUUUCGAUUUGUGGUGGUUUUAAUUAAUUACUAUGUUAUUUUGGUUAAGUCUACUUGGCAGACGAAUGAUGUGUUGGUGUGUGACUUUUAGCCUCUCUGUGUUGUUGCCCUUUUCAUGGUGUUUAUAGAAUAAAUGGCUUAUAAUUCGUCUGCUUGUUAUGAUGGAAAAGUUUAUUUUGAUAUAAUAAAAUCCCUCCUUUAAUUUGA